AUGUCGGCCACCAGAAAGGCAAAAGCAAUUGCUGACAAGAAAUCAUCCAAGGUCUCACAUGAGGUUUCUCUUCCUAGCCAGAGUUCAUAUGGACAAGCUGUGGUGAAUGGCAUAAAUGUUCUUUGUGGUGUUGGAAUUCUUUCAACUACUUGUGCUGUCAAAGAAGGUGGAUGGGUUGGGCUCUCAAUUCUGUUUAUCUUUGCUGUUGUUUCUUACUACACUGGGAUUCUCCUGCAUUCCUGUUUGGACAGUCAACCUGGGCUCGAGACUUACCCGGAUAUUGGCCAUGCUGCCUUUGGUAAUGUGGGACGUAUUGCUACAUCUGUUUCACUCAUGCCAGAUCCAAAAGCUAGAUCAUAUUUAUGCAGCCUCUUUGUCACUGCUGCUUUGAUUUGUUGCGUAUACUUCAUCGGAACUGCAUUCCUUGCGAAGGAUGACAUGGCGGACUUUGUUUCUCCUCUUUCCCCUCUUUCAAGAGCUGUGUUGCAGGAUUUUGGUAGCAUUUUACUAAGUGCAACAAAUAUUAGUUUCGAAGAAUUGCAAGAUCUUCAACAUUCACAUUUGGAUAAUCUGUACUGUGGUAUAUUAGAAGAGAGAUGAUGUCAAGAUGUGGUAAAAAUUUAGCAAAAGCCUUAGUUAUAUUGAUUUAACAAUUUUUAAAGAAGACAGAACCUAAUUAUUCUUUAUUGCUA